AUGGACAUCGAACUAGCCUCUCCGCCGGCCGUAAGUGCCUUGCGAGAAUCAUUCGGCGAUCGAAAGCCCCCCGAUAUCACUCGCAAGAUUACUGCUUGUGUAGCAUGUCGAAAGCAAAAAGUCAAAUGUCAUAUGCGGGAGGGUCAAAUGCCAUGCUCGCGGUGUAAGAAGAGAGGCCUCCCCUGCAACGUGAACCGAAGCCUGCAGACAUUACUGGAAGACGAUGUCACAUGGAAAGGCGCUGUGGUACAAAAGAUGCGGCGGUUAGAAGAAGCCGUUGCAAAGAUUGCUGCCAAAGUUGACAUACCCGAGCUGCAAGCUGUGCAAGCUGCUCCUGAAAUACAAGAUGAUUCUUUGAGCUCACCGGCUGAAGCUAUUAAUGAAGAAGUUAUCAGGGAGGAAACCUCUGUCUCAAGUCAAUCAUCUCAGUCCAAAGAGAACCAUGAGCCACCACAGAUAUGGGAAGUGAUAAUGGAUCCCCGGGGCGGCCCAGCUUCCAUCCCAGCCUCUUGCGUCUCAGAAGGUGGGAAGACAGGUCUAUCGAACAAUUUAUCAACUGCACGUCGUCCAGAUUUGAUAUCCACGGGGCUUAUCUCUUUACGCCAAGCCGUUGCAUUAUUCGAAACAUAUCAUCUCAGACUUGAUCAUUUCCUCUACCGCAUUCUUGGUGACCAUAUUAGUUUGGACUCGGUUCGAAUCGCAUCUCCACUGUUAACGGCGGCUGUUUGUACCGUGGCUGCUUUGCACUCUCAAUCCCUCGGCCAUCUCUUUGAAGCCUGCUACGGUGAAUAUAAGAACCUUGUCGCAGCCCAAACUUUCUCAAGAAAUGUGAAUGAAGAUGACAUCCGUGGCCUGUGUGUUGGUGCGUUUUGGCUGCAUGAAAUUUCUUGGGCCUUGAUCGGAAAUGCUGUUCGCAUUGCAUCGGACAUAAAUCUUCAUAGCGGUAUCUACAAAGCCCUCAAAGGAGACCGCGAUGGCUAUCUUCAAGCUCGACUAUACUAUCUCGUCUAUGUAUGCGACCACCACUUUUCGAUCGCUUAUGGUCGACCUCCUAUGUCCAGAGAAGGGUUCAUAAUCGAGUCGGCUAGUCGAAUACUAGAAACUGCACACGCCACAGAAGACGAUGCUAGAUUAAUCAGUCAGGUCAAAGAAUGGUCAAUCCUGGGUCGAGUGUUUGACACCUUCGGAGUUGACGUCGACACGCCUAUUGCGCCUCAGACCCUACCUCACCUGCGUCGAUGCUCCAUUUCUUUGGAUACGUGGUUUGCAGAUUGGAACGAAAGCUUCAAGGAGAAUCAGAAUGUCGGAAAUUAUCCGCAAAAGGGUGUUGGUUUUCACUUUCAAUUUGCAAAGUUAUACCUUUGCUCGCACGCCUUUCGUGGUGUACCGGUAUCAGAGAGUUCACCUCAAUACAUGUCGCCUGAGUUGGAGGAGAUCGCCAAUGCCGGCGUAUUGUCGGCUAUGUCAAUCCUUCGGAUGAUCGUCUGUGAUGCCGAAUUUCGAUCGUUCCUGAAUGGGCUUCCUUUAUAUUUCGAUACUAUGCUCGCCUUCGCCGUUGUUUUCCUCCUCAAAGUUGCCACGAAGUAUGCAUUCAUGAUCAGAAUUGAUACGGGCAAGAUCAUUUCCCUGGUCACUGAGACUGUGGCUGCCCUUCGGGACGUCACCCGAUCUAUGCAUAAGCACCAUCUCCUUGUAGUCAUCAGCGAAGGAUUGGAACGGCUGUUGGGUAUAUGCCAGGCCUCCAAUCACGCAGUCCACGAAACAAUGUAUCGUCCUUCUCCUGCUCAGGAACAGCCCCCAGUAUUUGAUGCAGUUUGGAUGGAAAAUAUGGCAAGCUUUGACUUCCAAACCAACUUUCCUGAUAUUGACGAGUGGUGGCUACAUUAUAAUACAUCGAUGGGACCUCUUUGCCCAGAGGCAUCGAGAUAG